UGCGGGCUGGUCGUUCAUGCUGCAGCUGACUUCCUAUGGUCUGCACUUCUCGACAGCAUUAGGACCUAUUCGUGUUUUGUUUGCUCCCGGCCGGAACCGUGGGAGAGAGCGCGAGUUAAAACGUGUUAGUACCUUACCUACAUAUCUGGCUUUCAGUCGGUCAGUCUGGUCGAAUACAUACCUGUUGAAGCCUAUACAUACCUGUAUAUGCUGUGUGUUGCCGUGCUUGCGCUUAAGGUGUGCGUGAUGGCUUAGCGAACGGCUGCGCCUACUUAUUUAUGCGACUUCGUCACUUAUUAUGGCUGGAGGAGUCAUGAAGUCAUCGCGGCAGCAGCAAAAAAUCGACAGAGGAGCCUCCAGAAUCCAUGAAAACCCCAUGUGCUAGUUGUUUUUAUUUGUGGAAUAAGCGCAACGAAACCAGCGCGAUAAAGUUCUAUCAACAGUGCGACGUAAAGCGCAGAAGAAAAGGCAGCCUAAAGUUUAUCCUACGUGAAGUUUUGAUAGAAAAAAUUGCAGCAGUUCGCGCGUGGAGAACUUGUUCCGAGCAAGGUGUAAAAAGAAUAUGUGAAAAAGUUAAUUUACAGUAAGAGGCAACCAGCAACGGAUGGAAGACUUGUUCGUCAUUUCCGCUGUGGACUACCGUGGCCGCCAAGAAGCAGACGCAUGCAGAUCGCAUAUGGGAACAUUCUUGAACUGAAAAAAAGAAAAGAAAAAGAAAAUUCUAAAAAUGUCCAACCUACUUAAUGUUGUUUUCCUCCUGCUUGCACUGGUAACGUUUUCAGCCGCUAAUGAUUGCGGGGAAAAAUUUCGUGGAAAAUGCAGUUGCGGUACGCAAAUGUACAACUACCAGACGCGCUACGUUGUCAAUUGCACCAAUGAAGGCUUUCGAGAUACGGCCGUACUGGAGUAUCUGCCGAAGCAGACAGAGGUUGUUAUCUUUUCCGGAAACUACAUCGAAGAGCUGCCUUGGAACGUUUUCGGUGCCAUCAAUGAUCUCGCGAAUCUUACCAUCGUCGAUAUGAGCAACAAUCACAUACGUGAGAUCCGUGGAAAAACGUAUCAUCACGUACCGAACGUUAAACGGUUAAUUCUAAACCAUAACAAUUUGAGCAUUUCCCGGUACGACGAUGACGAGUAUAAUCACCACCAUCCGAGAGUGUUUUCGAACUUUAUCAAUCUAAUGGAACUGCAUUUGACGAAUGCUUUUUCCGAUAACACAUCAGCGGAGCUUUCGGCGGAUCUGCAUGAUAUCUUCGUUAGCAGUAACCUAACCAAAUUAGUGAAACUCCAUCUCGAACAGAAUGAGAUAUCCAGAUUCAACGAUAAACGCGUGUUUUGUGAUUUGCCAGCAUUGUUGGAUCUGCAUCUUGGAGACAACCUGCUUACAGCGAUCAAUUUCAACAUCACCUGUUUGAGUAGACUUCGUUUCCUAGAUCUAGAACGUAACAAAUUCGAAGAUCUGCGACCACAUGAUUUGAAUAUGUUGGAUUCACUUCAAACACUUCCCGACCGAUCAGUCAAUCUGAUGGUCGACUUCACAUUCAACCCGUUCAACUGUAACUGCACUUUAAACCCACUGUACGAGUGGAUGCGCAAAACGAACGUGACCGUACGGAAUCGUGAAAAUCUCAUGUGUUUCCGUAACAAGAAGCAUCAGGAACCUAUUCUGUCGCUUAAUAUGAAAAAAUGCCAGAAGGCACGAUCGGGAAAGCGGGAUCACACCGUCACACUGGUGUUUGUAUUGAUCUGUCUCAGUUGUAUUCUAGCAGGGCUCGUUGGUUCAUUGAUCUACAUGAGCAAAGACAAACUGAAGACUCUGCUCAGUCCGAUGGUGGAUCACGUUUCCAAGAAAGUGCAGUAUACGACUAUCAAGGAUGAGGAAGCUCCCGAACAGUAUGUAUGAUGCAGCGUAACGAUCAGGCAGGGAAGGUGUGCGCCGCGUGUGGAGUGUGUGUAAGCAGCGCAUGAACAGAAAGACAGUGAUCGAGGUGGAACCACGAAAAAGGAUCUAAUCAUAUCUAAGUGUAGCUAAGCUUAAGCCAAGUAAUGUAAAUAAAAGAAAGAGAAUUUUAACUUUACACUAUUUAAGCGAAUUCAAAUGAGCUACUAAUGCAACUAACGCUAAAAGCAGGAUUAAUUAAUUCAAAAGACAUCGUUACUUAAAAUGACCUUAGGUUCCCUAGAAUAGGAUAAAUGUUUUAUCUUAAUUUUUUGUUAAGAGUAGUGUCUAGCAAUACGAUAGUAAUAUUUCCAAAAUAGUAGAUAAAUUAAGGAGACGAAUGGAUUGAUUAACCGAAUAAAUUUUUCAGGUUCUUUAAUGCGCGCUAACAUAAUUGUUUGA